AUGGAGAGACCGCAGUUGGCAGUGGUGAUCGAGAUGUGGGUCGUGCUUCUUUUCUGCCAGUCAGCGCAGGUAGUCAGCCAGCUGGUGACCUGCUCGCCGUCUGAGGUCAUGGAACCCGUGGGAGCUGCUGCGGCGUUCACGUGCAAAUUCCCCAACAUGAACAAUUCGGAAUAUACGCCUAACUUGUACAGGGAUUAUAACGAAAGCCAGGGAAGGAAAAUCAUUGAGCUCAAAGAAAAACAGGGUGGUGGAAAGUACAGCGUGGUCCGUGUGGAUUCGCGCACCUUCGUGGUGAACAUCCUGAAUCUAGAAAAGGAGGACACGGGGAAGUAUUACUGCGGGUUGAUAUCGUUCUCGUUGGCACGGCCGGUGAUUGAAAGCAACAGGUCUACCCUCACAGUGACAGAAAAAGCCAACACUACAGCGGAGCCCGAUAUGCAGGAGGAAGAGGAGGAGAGCAGGGGGUGGAACGCCAAGGAAGUCAUCCCUCUUGCUUGCGUUGGCGGAGCUGCUCUGAUUUUGGGGCUGGCGUUUCUGGCCUUCUGGCUCUUGAAGGCUGUCAGGAGGAAACAAGGUGCACUUCAGGAGGAAGAGACGUGGCCUGCUGAAAACGCUGCCCUGGUGAGUUCCGUUUUGUUCCAAGCUUUGCCCCCAGUCGGUGUCUGCCUGCAACAUCCGGAAAGAGAGCCCCCCGCGGUCAACAUCUUCACGGUGGAUUAUGGAAUCCUGGAAUUCCCCCCCAAAGCCCCGCCUAGGCGCCCUGCAGUGGAGAAGACCGAAUAUGCCACCAUAGUGUUCCCCACCUGUGGAAAGGAAAGGAAGGGCCGCUUCCUUACCUGUGAGAAGUCUCCAAAGCUGCAGAACUACCCGGGCAGAGCAGAGCUGUCCUGA